UGGUCGUUACUAAAACGGGCAUCUUCUGUCAAACGUAUAUAUAUAUUGUAGGUCUGGCGUGGAUGUAGAAAUUAUUUACAUUUACUGCCUAUGAAUUAGAAUUUUAAUUCGUAUCAGUGGAGUUCUGACCAGUAUUAGUGCUGCUUACAGGCUGCUAGAAAUGGCGACUACAAUGGACCAGCAAGAGCCAUUGGUCCGUCCACUUUCAAUGACUAGUUUUCAAAGAGAUUUGGAAAUGUUCGAAGAAUACAUUGCUGAAGUUACCAUGCAGGAUUCGGAUGCAAGUGUUGAUGAAAAAAGACAGAAAAUAAAUGAAACACUUCGAUACGAACCUUUCUGUGAAAACAUCCGAUUGUGUUUUGGACCGGAUAUAAAAACGGAAGACAUGAAGGCGAUUUUUCGUAAAAUUAGCACGAAUCCAGAAGUUAAGAUUGAUUGGAGUGAGGUGUUUGGAUACUUCCAAGCAGAAAAUGAAGAGACGGACAAUUCUGAUGAAAUCAGCGUUUUCACUGUUUCGAAAAGAAAGAAAAUUGGAGAAGCGGCAGGUGACAAGAAACGUCGAGAUAUAAUUCAGUGUAUUUCAUAUUCUCCAGAAUACGAUUUAUUUGUCACUGCGUCACAGAAAGGAGCUAUUUCUAUUUAUAAUGGAAAGUUGCGUCUGCAAAAUUGCAUCGAUGUUAACGAACCAGCGUGGAUGACUAGUUGCGAAUAUUUACCAAGACUUCGAAAAGUAAUAGCAACAACAGAACGAACUAUUGUUAUUUGGGAUCACAGAACAAAAGCAAAUAACCAAUCUAGUAUCUAUGUUAUAAAGCCACUGGAACACUCGCCCCAAUGUAUGUGUCUUCUUCCCCCUGAAGAUGAUCACACGGAUUCAGUACUCAUUGGCGAUGACGCGGGAUAUGUUAAUCUUGUUCGUCUGACGCCGAAUGAUUUUGCUGCAAGUACAAAUAAAGAUCCCAAACGUGCGAUGAUGAGUCAAGUAAUCGAUCCAAUGAAUCUGAUGUUACCCAUUAUUCGGAGAAAAUUUCAUCCAGAUUGGGUGUUGAAGAUUGAAUAUAUUUCUGAAUUGAAAUCUUUUGCUUCAUGUUCGCCAAGUGAUAAAACAUCGUUUGUUAUUGCAGAGAAGGGAAGACUUUUUGAUACACAACCAGUCAGUGAAUUGACGAUUACACGAGGUGUGAACGCAUUUGCUUAUUCAGAAAAGUCCAAUAUUUUUGCAACAGGUGGAGUCGACAAAAUUAUCCGAGUUUGGCACCCAACCAUUCUCACGAGGCCAACUGGUAAAAUGAUGGGACACUUGUUUACAAUAAUAGCUGUGGUUAUCAACGAUAAAGAUAGGCAUAUUAUCAGCUUAUCUACCGCUCGCGUUUUUAGAGUCUGGGACAUACAUACACUAAGCUGCUUACAGGUGUUCACCGAUACAGAACAGAGGUCAGGAGACAAGAGAAUAUCUUGCUUGCUGUUCGACAGCCGACACGACAGACUAUUCACAGGUUCAAGCAGUAUAGACUUGUGGCCAAUGACACGAAGUGUUCAAGAUACGAUGUCUGUACCUCACACCCAUGAUCAUCCGCUAACUCUUGUUGUUAAAAAUAAACCAAUGGAUCAAGUUAUCACUGCAUGUUCAGAAUCAAUCGUCAAAGUUUGGGAAAUUGACAGCGGAAGACAAAUGUAUCAAAUAUUAGAAGCUCAUGGCUUAGGAAUCGAAGUAACUGCUUCUGGCGUUGAUGAGACCGGUACACGCAUGCUCACUGGAGCCUAUGAUGGAUCGAUCAAAAUCUGGGAGUUCAGCAGCGGACAAGAAAUGAAAUCAUAUCAACUCGAUCCCCCAAGCGAGGAAGAUAAUUCCAUAUUGUGGAUUUCCUAUUUAGAUAAGAAGAAAAAUGAAGACACUGAUGAGCAAAACGAAAACAAGCAAUUUGAGCAUGAAUAUCAACAGAAAGAUGAAAUUGUAAAUCGGAGAAUAUUAGCAUUGGGAUGGAACAAUAGGUUGAAAGAAUUUGAGGAUAGUGAUGAAAACGAUGACAUUCGUUUUGUACGUGAGUUCAGUGGAACAUAUGAGUGGCCUCCUACACCACAGACUACACCCGAACCUGGCGCAGAGACUGCAAGUUUGACAGGAAGUGUAGAAGGUGAUUCCGACAAAAAGACAAAGAAGAAAACUGCUGAAGACGACGACGAUAAAGGGAUUCUUAGAAAAGAAGACCUCUUUCUUCGCCAUGAAAUCACUUGCUGCUCGAUGAUGGACGUUCGUUUGCCUUCUGUUUCAAGUAUACUUGUUACCGGAUGUUCUAAUGGAAAUAUAAUUCUGUGGAAUCCGGAGGAAGGAACAGUAUCUAAUGUCUUUGAACUCGAAAAGGCAGAAGUUCCAAGUCGUUACGACAGUCGUGAGAGAAGAAUGAAAGAAAUGUUUCCUUAUCGCGUGAACCAAGUAGCAGGGUUGUGUCACAAAAUAUUUGUACCCGAUCCAGAAGAAGUAAAAAGAAGGAGAAAAUUACGAAAAAAGAAAAUGUUGGAGAUCGAAGGUGGAUUGGUAGACGAUGAAGCUGAAGAAGACGAGGAAGAAAAGACAGAGCAAGAACAGAAGGAUGAUGCUAAAGAGGAAAAGAAAGAAGAAGUUGAUGAUGAUCGUGCUGAAGAAGCACAGAUUGACGUUGAGACUUCAGAUGAAGAACAAGACGGUGACGAUUUUGAUCUAAAAAGUUUCGAGGAGCGUCAACUAAUGGACAUUGAUCCGGAACCCAUCAAGAAAGUAGAAGUUGAGUUCCCACCAGUUAUCGCAUCAUGUCAUCAAGAUUCUAACGUGAGAUUGUGGUCAAUGACAGGAGAAUUGCUUGUAUCUCUUGUACCAAUGACCAAAGUCGUUUCACCAAUCACCACUAUGUGUAAUGACGAAUAUUCAAACUAUCUUAUCGUUGGCGAUACAAAGGGUUACGUUACAAUGUGGGACGUCUCCGAAUUUCUUCAAAAAUCAAACACCGGUACAUCAGUUCAAGCUAACACUGAACUAGUUCGACAAAUAAUAAGUUGGAGGGCUCAUCUUAUGAAAAUUGUAUCCGUAGUUUAUGGCGAUGAAGCUGGUGCACUUAUCACCGCUUCUACCGAUGGAUCAGUCAGAAUUUGGUAUCCGCAACGUGCUCAUUACGUAGGGUAUUUCGGACAGCAUAGAGUUUGGUAUUUAUCACCUAAUCCUUCUCUACCUUCAAGUCCUGUUCUUCCAUACGACAUCAACGAAGUUCCAGUCAAACCUGUCAAUAUACGAAGUGGUAGAAGGAAACCACAAACGAAAAAAUAUGAUUACCCUCUCAUAUUUGAUGCAGAAAGAUGGAAACCAUUCCGAAGAUCUGCAUAUGAUCGUGAUUUAAUUCAACGACAACAAAUUCUACCAAAUAUGACCCAACCACCAAAUGUCCUGGAAGUUCGAAAUAAGAAAUUUUUUAAAGCGCUAGUAAAACCAAAGGCAGAUAAAAGCAGUCUCGAAAGUUCGAAACCUGCUGAGCCAGAAAGUGGUGCUAUAUUUCGUGCGUUGCCGGUAUAUCGACUCCAAACCCCUCCGCCACAACCUAGAGCACCAUCGAUGGACUUUGUAACCGGUGGUGCAUCAUUUACUGACGAUCCAAGCACGCCAAAAUCUCCGGGAAAAUCAGUGGCAACCGGAAAGGUUUCUAAAGGACGUGUCAUUGUGAAAAAGCCGUCCAGUAUGGCUGGAACAACGCCGAUUCUUGUUGCGGGUGGUACACCCAAACGACGAAGAUAGAAAUAAUAAUGUUCUACCACAAUGUUAACUGGAACGUUUCGUUUCAUGACUCUUUUAAUAAUUUAUUACCAAUGGAUAAUCUCUAAAGGCGUUUAAUGCAUAUUGAUACACUUACUGAACUUGCACUUCGAUUUUCAUUAUAUUCCAUUUGAUGAUGAUGAUUUUAUGUGUUGCGUGGUUUGAAUUUCUAAAAUUUAUUUCAUUUUUUUUUUGUUUAUUGAAAUGAAACGCGACUUAAAAAUUGUGAA